AUGACUAUUGCUGCAUAUGCGUAUGAAACAAAUGAAGCAAGAAGAGCACAUGAACUAGUAAACGAAAACUCAACUUUAACCAUUGAAGGCAAUGAUUUAGUCAUUGACGAUGGAAAAACUAAAAAAGUCAUUGAUUUCGAUACUUUUAACACUUAUGACCCAUUCAUUACAACAAGCAAAGUUCCUAUCAUAAAUGAUGGAACGGUGCAAUAUAUAAAUUCUACAGUAGAUGCCUCAUUAGUGAAAGUAUUAAAUGUUCUCAUUGAAUUGUUAAAGAGCUUUCGAUUUGACGACAACAUUAAAUGCCUAAAGAAUUUAGUCAUGAAUGAGAAACAAAUUCUCGGCGUUGCUGGUAGCAGUAAUGAUGUACACCUUAUGACAUUAGAAUAUUAUAACGAACAUAAAGAUGAACUGAAAGGAGAGAAGGGUGACACCGGACCUCAAGGCGAAAACGGUUUGGAUGGUGAAGAUGGAAAGGAUGGAAAAACUGCUAAAUCAUGGAUAUGGAACCUUAUAAAUACUG